GGGAAAAGCAAAAACCCUUUGGCUUUGACAGCAGCCGCCACAAGUCUUUCCGCCUUCCCAGCCUGGAUGGGAGCUAGGGGAUUAUGGGGGCCUGACCAGAAAAUGAAGGUUGUAGGAGCCUAGAGCCCCGGGCAGCCCUUGCCACCUCCCCUAGCCGCCUGCUCAUGCUGACAUCUACCGGGAGGACAAGACAAAAAGCUAUCUGCUCACCAUGCCCAGCACUCUUAGCCCCCCAGGGGCCCUGAGCUUCCCCCUUCCAGAUGCCUGAUGGGGCUGCAUGCCUCCGUCUAGAUGUGGCGCUGGGCGCUCUCUCUAGCACUCAGGAGAUUUUUUUUUCUCUGUCCUAUGCCUGAAGCCUGAAGCAUGAGGGCAGCUGAGUGAGCCUGUUGGGUGUGGGAUCCUAAUGCCUCUGGGCUCCCUUUCCUAAGAAGCCUGCCCAUCACCACCACCCAAAGAGUUGGGGAGGGGGGAGGGGGGAGAAGAAAGGGGCCAGAGAGGGAUCUAGAGAGGGACGGAGGGGGUUAGGGGCAUCAUGGCUCAAGCCCUGCCCUGGCUCUUGCUGUGGAUGAGUUCAGGGGUGCUGUGCACCCAGCCAGGAAUCCGGCUUCCCCUGAAGAGUGGGCUCCCCUUGGGUCUCCGGCUGCCUCGGGAGGCCAUCGAGGAGCUGGAUGAGCCCAGCCGCCUCCUCAGCCACAGGAGCAGUUUCGUAGAGAUGGUGGACAACCUGAGGGGCAAGUCUGGUCAGGGCUACUACGUGGAAAUGACAGUGGGCAGCCCCCCACAGACGCUCAACAUCCUAGUGGACACAGGCAGCAGUAACUUUGCAGUAGGAGCUGCUCCCCAUCCCUUUUUACAUCGAUAUUACCGGAGACAGCUAUCCAGCACCUAUCGGGACUUACGGAAGGGUGUGUAUGUGCCCUACACCCAGGGCAAGUGGGAGGGCGAGCUGGGCACUGACCUAGUAAGCAUCCCUCAUGGCCCAAAUGUCACCGUACGUGCCAACAUCGCUGCCAUCACUGAGUCUGACAAGUUCUUCAUCAAUGGCUCUAACUGGGAGGGCAUCCUGGGGCUGGCCUAUGCUGAGAUUGCUAGGCCUGAUGAUAGCCUGGAGCCCUUCUUUGACUCUCUGGUGAAGCAGACCCAGGUACCCAACCUCUUCUCCCUACAGCUGUGUGGCACUGGCUUUCCAAACCUCAACCAGUCGGAGGCACUGGCUUCUGUUGGGGGAAGCAUGAUCAUUGGGGGCAUUGACCACUCUCUAUAUGUGGGCAGUCUGUGGUAUACACCCAUCCGACGAGAGUGGUACUAUGAAGUUGUCAUUGUUCGAGUGGAGAUCAAUGGUCAGGACCUGAAAAUGGAUUGUAAGGAGUACAACUAUGACAAGAGUAUUGUGGACAGCGGCACCACCAACCUGAGACUGCCCAAGAAAGUGUUCGAGGCUGCAGUCAAGUCCAUCAAGACAGCCUCCUCGACAGAGAAAUUCCCAGAUGGCUUCUGGCUAGGGGAGCAGCUGGUGUGUUGGCAAGCUGGUACUACCCCCUGGAACAUCUUUCCAGUCAUCUCACUCUACUUAAUGGGUGAAGUCACUAAUCAGUCCUUCCGAAUCACCAUCCUGCCACAGCAAUAUCUAAGGCCAGUGGAGGACGUCGCUACAUCUCAAGAUGACUGCUACAAGUUUGCCAUCUCACAAUCAUCCACGGGCACUGUUAUGGGAGCUGUGAUCAUGGAAGGCUUCUAUGUUGUCUUUGACCGAGCCCACAAACGAAUUGGCUUUGCAGUCAGCGCCUGCCAUGUGCAUGAUGAGUUCCGGACAGCAGCAGUGGAAGGUCCCUUUGUUAUCACAGAUAUGGAGGACUGUGGCUACAACAUCCCGCAGACAGACGAGUCGACCCUCAUGACCAUAGCUUAUGUGAUGGCUGCUAUCUGUGCUCUCUUCAUGCUUCCACUCUGCCUCAUGGUGUGCCAAUGGCGUUGCCUCCGUUGCCUGCGCCGUCAGCAGGAUGACUUUGCUGAUGAUAUCUCUCUGCUCAAGUGAGGAGUCCUCCAGGCCUCAUAGGCCCUCUAUGGCUCUCUACUCUGGCCACAGGCAGGAGACAUGGAGAUAGAGCAAUGUGACCAGAGCACUCAGGACCCUUACCCACCAGCCUGCCUAUCUUGUCUGGGAGAGAACCAGAAGAUUCUGGCAAGGUGUAUCCUACUGGGAUAAUGUUUUUAGAUGGGAAAAGAGGAAAGGAAGCUCUCCAUUGGCAGGAAACCCUUUGGUCACUUCAAACCUCAGCUAGAAAAUUUUCUGCUGCUUGAACUUCAUCCCUAAAAAUUUUCACCACCUCACCAAGUCCUCAAUCCAAAUUCUUCCCUUUUCCUUAUUCUCAGAAUUGGUACUAUACCCAGCCUUUACCCUGCUGAUGUCCUGGGAUUAAACAUGGUUUACCUUGUGGUUCUCUUCAGCAGGGGCUAAUGUAUGACAGCUCCUUAUUUUUGUGUAGAACCAAUAUAAACAACCCCCUAAUUUAAUUACAGGGGUGAAUUUUUUAAAAUUUGUGAAUAGAUUGAGGUAUUUAAGUGAUUUUUACUUGGAGGGAGGGUAGGCAAUGGUGAGGACAGAGAGAGAGAAAGAAGUUAGGGAAGAGUAGUAAAUGGGAAGAACAGUCACAAUUUUAUGCCUUGCCAUCUACAUAGGAUACUAUGUCAUAUAUACCAACCAGGAAAACCCUUAUUCGGUAAGGAACUCUAGUUGUCUUGAAAGAACCAGAUUGGCCCUCACACUAUGGCCACCGAUACUCCUAUUCCUAUUAUUCCCGACUGACUUCAAGGUAAACUCAGAAGAAAAGAGAAAUCCUUGCAAAAUUUGACCAGAGUCAUCAUCUGCCUUCCAGAAAGAGCAAAUAGAUGGCAAAUCAAAUUUCUCCCACUGGAGGUCCAUUAAGCAAAUGACUUUUUUCACUACUGAACCCUCUGUUCCCAGAGCACUUGUACUAGAGUUUUGCUAAGAUUCCACAACCUUCCACAACCCCCCCCCCCCAACUUUAUUUCAUUUCCACAGAAAGAAUAAAUGGAAUAAGGCAGA